AUGGGACUUACGUUAAACGGAGUGUACCUUGUGCUUAUUCUUGGCGUACAGCUCGCCUAUCUGUUCCGUAGUGUGCGAGCGGCGGGGAAGUGCGAUGCAGUUUUUAAAGGGUUUUCCGACUGUCUGUUGAAACUCGGAGACAACGUGGCCAGUUACCAGCAGGGCACGGAUGACAAGCAGAACGUUAAAACCAUCUGCUCAUACUGGAACGACUUCCAUGCAUGUGCGACAACGGCUCUCGCAGACUGUCAAGAUGGAGCGACGGAUGUUUGGGAGAAACUCAAAGAAGAUUCCAAAAACUUGGAUUUCGAAGGCAGUUUGUUUGAUCUAUGUGAAAGGAAUAAGUCCGCAAACACAAUAAUUCCCCAGUGUUUUACCUUGGUCAUUUUAACAUUGUCCGCCUUACUGACCUGGAUUACACUCUAG